ACAACGAUGGCAACAAGAAAGUCCAGGAGGCAAAAAAAAGAUUUGACAUUUUACAACUGCUCACAGUGUGGGAGGAGGUUUACUGAUCAGCCUUCUCUAAACCGUCACCAGCGCAUUCACACUGGAGACGAGCUGUAUAACUGCUCACAGUGUGGGAAGAGUUUUACUCGACUGGGUACUCUCCAACGUCACCAGCGCAUUCAUACUGGAGAGAAGCCGUUUAAAUGCUCACAGUGUGGGAAGAGUUUUACUCAACUGGGUAAUCUCCAAAUUCACCAGCGCAUUCAUACUGGAGAGAAGCCGUAUAACUGCUCACAGUGUGGAAGUAGUUUUACUCAACUGGAUCAUCUCCAAAAACACCAGCGCAUUCAUACUGGAGAGAAGCCAUAUAACUGCUCACAGUGUGGGAAGAGUUUUACUCAACUGAUUACUCUCCAACGUCACCAGCGCAUUCAUACUGGAGAGAAGCCGUUUAAAUGCUCACAGUGUGGGAAGAGUUUUACUCAACUGGGUAAUCUCCAAAGUCACCAGCGCAUUCAUACUGGAGAGAAGCCGUAUAACUGCUCACAGUGUGGGAAGAGUUUUACUCAACUGGGUUCUCUCCAAAGUCACCAGCACGUUCAUACUAGGGAGAAGCCGUAUAACUGCUCACACUGUGGGAAGUGUUUUCCUCAACUGGAUAAUCUCCAAAAACACCAACGCAGUCACACUGGAGCAAAGCCGUAUAAGUGCUCACAGUGUGAGAGGAGGUUUACUCAACUGGGUUCUCUCCAACGUCACCAACGCAUUCAUACUGGAGAGAAGCCGUAUAACUGCUCACAGUGUGGGGAGAGUUUUACUAGACUGGAUAAUCUCCAGAAACACCAGCGCAGUCACACUGGAGAGAAGCCGUAUUGAAGCCUGACUGUAUUGUUUUCGGUUCCAGACUGUUUUGUUGACUGAUUGUUUUGUAUCUUUUGUCGAAUAUUCAGUCUUUUGUAAUGCCUAUAAUUAA